CACACAUACCCUCUUUUGAGACUGGACAGGUUUUUCCACACCUUUCUCCUUUCCGGACUGGACAGGCUUUUUUCCUGUAGCUAAUAAGAAGGCACGCAAAAACAUCGUUUCUCUGCUUGACCAAAAAUUCGGUCCUCUUUCCCUGACGCGGCUUGAGUUCAAAGGACGGGGAUUUAGGACGACUUCUAUAAAAUGUGCACCAAAAGAGCCCAUUCUCGCAGGGAUGACUUUUUUUCUAUUCAAUUUCGGAACAGUCCAUUUUUCAUAAGGAGGUAGGUGGGGUGAAUUAAGCUGGAUUCGCUCAUAAGCAAAUACCGUUCUAGUCCUUUAAUAAUAAUCUAUCGUAUCCCUAAAGUGCACCCUUCCAACUGAUUUUAACGCAUCGAGUCACUCUGUGUCCUUUAGCUAUAGGGCCCCAUUGGCCGAAAACUGCGUUCUGCUACCUUAUAGAGAGCAGACAACUACCCCCAAAUAUCGCGCGUGACCCCAAAUGAACGUUUGCAUGUUGUCGUCUCGAUGCCUGAACUUUGGACAGCAAUGGAUUCGUUCAUCAUGGCGUCAGCCAGGCGAUGGUGUCGCAGGCUGCACUACUCUGGCUGGACGCGGGUUUUAUUCCUCCUUACCUUGAUGAUAGCUAUUGGUUUCAUAGCACGCAACUACUGGCAGGUCGAAGAUGAUUUGGAAGCAAGAAAACGAAUAUCAAACGGCGGGGACAAGAAAUACGCACAGAGUAUUCAGGAGCUUCUUGCACAGGGCAUAGACGAGAAGAGGAUGCGAGAGGCACUUAGGCAGAAGGCAGAGGAGGUUCACCGAAUCGUGAAGGAACGUGGAGAGGCUUUAGCGAAGGAAGCACAAGCAAAAGCAAAAGCAAACGUUGUUAGAAUUAACAUUCACAAGCCAGAACUGAAUCCAGAAAAUCAACACAGUUGGAAAGCUAUAGAAAAAAUGGCAGCCCAUGAUGAGAUAGAAGAUCACAAGAAGCAGCCUGAACAGUACAUGACUUUCAAACGCCUCAUGGAGGCCAAGAAAUGUCCUGCCUGUUAUGGAGAAUCACUUUGUGAACAGGCAGAGGUCGGUCUUAUCACAAUGGAUGUUGCCGAUAAAACGUGGGAGCACAAAGGGGUAUACUUUGGACAUUUUAGAAAUACCGAAGUGGUUGCCAAACGACUGGUUGGCAAGGAUGACUGGACGAGAUUUGACGAGUUCAUAUGUCAGAAUGCUAGUUUGCCCAAAGAUUGUGAUGUCUCGCACAUGAUCUCUGAUACAGUACUUGUAACAGAUAACGUCUUGCAAGUGUCAUUUCUGAAAGAUGCAUGGCGUAUAGCUCACACUAGACGAUCUAUUGCGAUGGAGGCUUGUAUGACUGAUAGAUUGAUUGAAUUGAUCAAGACUGCAUAUGAUGAGAAUGUGAACAGGAAGCUGAGUAAGACUGAACGAGCCUACAUGAUAACAGCCUUGCUGUUGAACCCAGAGGCUGCACUACUGAAACAUUUCACUUCCAGGGCUGAAGAAUACUGGCCUUUCCCCAAGUACAUUGGAGCCUGUGGACGUGUCAUUCUUGUAGAAAGUGGUGGAAAGCUCCUUGGUUCAGCCAUUGAGUCUCCGUGGAAAGAGAGAGCAAAUAUAGCACUACAAGUCUUGGAAAUGAUUGACAAAUUUCGAAACGGCGACCCAAAAUGGGUGGUGAUGUUCGUCGACUUUCGCUACGACAAUUUUGCAGUGAACAAUUACGGACGGUUGACUCUGAUCGAUUUCGAUGACGUCAUGUUGAUUGACAGGGAGGAGUUUGUCGGAGAGAACAAAACAGAACCAUGUGACUUGAAAUGUUUCAAAACAUUCAUAUCUCAAAUAGAAGCCAUGAACAGCUAUGACUCUUGUUCAGCCAUGCCUCAGUACUCACAAAUGAUGUAUGCUUUGGCCUGUGUUCGCUUACUGUCGCACCUACCUGAACACUUGUCAGAACCAAACCCGAUGGAUCCAAAGCCUGACAAACAUCGUCCUGACAGCGAACGACCCGGACUCCUGUGGGGACCCCCAGAGCAGGAGGCAAAGGUGUUAGAAGAGCUGCUGAGAGGCUGUGUGGAGGAAAAUGUGGCAGGAGGUCGGUUGGAGGCGGUGGGAGAACUCAAAACAUUUCUACGGAGGAAUGCAAAGGGAGAGAACUAAGAGAGCACAUGUAACAACAGACAUGUGCUAAUGAUUGCUAGCGCUACACGAUCGUUUGAGGUUUAAUCUCAAAGCAGUUUUAAAGUUUUCAAAACCAGACCAAUUGCACAAAUUCAAAACUAUGCAAUGGUUUCUUACCCAGCUAAGCGCAGUAUUUUCUUUUUUGCCACUUUAGCAUUCUUAUAAUCCAAUGCUGCCUGGUAAGAGCUAAAUAAUUCUUACUAUCAAGUUCUAUCAAGUUGUUAUUCUUUUUUUAGCAUGAGUUAAAGUGACGAAAAGUAACAUUCUGUUUAUCAGAAGUUUUUAUGUUGUCUACAUGACAUUAUUUGACCUCUGCAGUGUUUCAAUGCUAGUUAGCGGUCAUGAUCAUUUAACAUUGGCUGGGUUCAUCUCUCAUGAUACCACAAGAUACAUGUAAUCUACUGUACGUAUCUAUCAUGAGCAACACAUAACUGUUAACAGUUCCCGCUUUAUCGACAACUAUUUUGUCUUUUUGGUGUUUUCAUGAUCGAGCUUGAAUAAAAUGACCGUUCAAU